UGGCAUAGCCCCUUCUGCUGGAAAUGCUGCUGAGAAAUGUGCACGGGAACUUCUGCUGUCUCUUGUUACCGCUCCUCCCUCCCUGAGAGGGAGUGUCCCCAUUGGUCCAAAUCCGAGCCACCUCAGCUUCUUGCCAAUCAGUUUGUGCAUUUCCCAGGGAUCCUGUUUCAUAAACUUAGCCUCACUUUGGGUCUGUGAGCUUUGAAAAAAGCUUUGGGGACACUUGAGCAUCCAGAGCCCAGCCUGCAUCCAUCAUGGAGCAAGUCCUCUUGCUGCUAAGUCUCCUGUUCCUUGGAGAUCAGCUGAGACACGGCAUGGCUUGUCAGUUGCCCUCCGACUGGAGGCCACUCAGCGAGAGUUGCAGAGCGGAGCUGGCUGAAAUAAUUGUCUAUGCCAAAGUCUUAGCUUUGCACCAGGAUAUGUACGGCAUGUACAACUAUUUGCCAUGGCAAUAUGAAACCCUGGACGGAGGGCUCUUUUACUCGGCUGAGAUUGAGAUGCUGUGUGACCAAGCUUGGGGAAGCAUGUUAGAAGUUCCAGCAGGAUCCCGGUUGAACCUGACAGGAUUGGGCUACUUCUCCUGCCAUUCCCACACAGUCAUGCAAGAUUACUCCUACUUCUUUUUCCUCAGAAUGGAUGAGAAUUAUAAUCUCCUUCCACACGGAGUAAAUUUUCAGGAUGCAAUAUUUCCUGAUACGCAGGAAAACAGACUGAUAUUUUCCAGCCUCUUCCAAUUUUCUAACUGCAGUCAAGGGCUGCAUGGUGUAAUGUUCUCCAGUGAUUGGGAGAUACAAGAGGACAACAGGCUCAUGUGCUCUUCCAUCCAGAAAGCACUGUUCGAUGAGGAGGACCAAGUGAAGAAGCUUCAGCAAAAGGUGGCAAGCCUGGAGAAACGCAAUAAGCAGCUACAAGAUCGAGUGAAGAAAGUCAAGAGGUUGCUCAGGCAAGCCAGGAAGAACGGCAGGCACGUGGAGCUGAUUAAUCAGAAGCUCAAUGAGAAGCUGGCCUCCAUAGGGGUUCAGUUCCCCUACAUAAACUCCUUAAAGCAAGCACAUUCUCAUGCCACUUAUCUUAAAGUGUAAGACCAAGUGUGGCACUGUGAACAACAGUCUUAGUGAUUGAACGGCAUGCCCUUCUCCACCCAAUCUUAUCUUGCAAAAGAGUCAUAGUGCAUUCAAAGUCUUUGGCUUUCAACUGUGCAGGAUUUGCACCUCAAGUGGAUAUUUAACAUGCUUUGAACCUUCUGCAUAAACAAUGGUUCAAAUUUUGCCUGGGAUGAAGUUGUCUUCAGAAAGUGGGGAAAAAUGCUCCUACCUGAGAACAACUAGGAAUGAGUUUAUGAACCAUUAUUAAGUGGGCUUGAGUCUUGGAUGGGCCCAGUGAUAAAGGAUUACUCUAGAAUGUAGCUGAAACUCUAAAGGGGGUUGAACCUGUUCCAAAUGUUGGGACAGGAAAUGACCAAGGGCUCCAUGCAAGCUUAUUCAAGAAGCAGAAGAGACUAAGUGUAAAUAAUAAAAAAGUAUACAUAAUCCUAAUCAUGUGAAAGUCUUGGUAUUAAUGCAGUGAAUACUGAAACUGGCUUGUGAUGAGUAAAACUAACUUCUGUCCAAAGUUAUUUGUGGAUACGUUUAAAGAUAGGCUUCAAAAGAAGCUUCUAACGUACUUACUUCCAGUAACACUAUACCAUAUCUAGAAUGAAAUCCAACCCUGCAUGUUUUUUUCUGCUGAUCACUGGUACUCUAGCUUUUCAAAACUACAUUCUCUUUACAUCUAUCUUUUUUCUAUUACACUUAAAAUCAUGCUAACCCUCAUGUCACAUAUGUAGUCAAACUCUUGUCUUCUUUUCUUUGUAAAAUUAAGAAUGUACAUUAACUGUUUUGGAAACAGCCUCCCUGCUAUUACUGCAAAGGUUUGGAACUUGAGAUCCUGUGGGCUUCAUGUUCAACUGAACAUGCAAAUGAGUUUGCAACUCCCCUUUCCAUCACAAGUUGGGAGAGAAGAUCACUCCCCCACCCCCAAGUUGAUACCUUCUAGGUGGACAAUCAGUUCUUUUAUUGUUAACCAACUUGGCCAAAGUAUGAUGAAGUUUUGCUGGCCAAGUUUUG